AUGGUCAAACCCCUCUCAACGCCCUUUGGCCAUCCCCUCCCGCCAGUUCAUGAUAAUGAUGAUAAUGACACCUCCCACGCCAUCACCGCGCAUGUCCCCGGGUGGGAGACACUCAGCAAGAUAGCCAGCGGCGAUCCAGAGACCUUCGCCAAGCUGAAGGCUAUCUAUCCUCGUUUUGGCGUGUUUUUCGCGACUCGCAAUCUCUCGAACGCGAUUGUCAGAAAGGUCGGCCUUCCGGAGGAUUAUAUCGCUCUUCUGUUCGUGUCUCGCGAGACGCUAGCCGACUGCAAGGCCUACGCGACCAGUCCCCGUCGCGGCGAUCAUCGCCUCACCGCGCAAGACCUGACCUUCAAGGUCCUCGACAUCUACGGCGUCCGGCUCUACGGCAUCUUUGUUCCUGCAACCAAGAUUUUCGGCAUCAUCGGCUUCUGGCAGCACCCCGGCAUUGGGAUCUCAACUCGCCUCGCCGACUUUCUCCUCCCCCACGUCGACACCCUGCAAGAACUCCUCCCGAUAGACCCCGAAAGAGUCGGCGAUGACGACGACUACGACCACUACAUCCCCAAACCGACCUACCUCCUCGACAGCCCGGUCCAUGGCCAGCUCCGCGAGCGGAUUGUCUCGCUGCUGAAGCGCGCCCCCGCCCCCGCUCCGCCCGCGACCUCCAUCUCCGCCCCGCCGCCCCUCUCCGCUGGCGAUCCGCUCCCGCCCAAACUCACUCCCGGUGACGUCUACCUCUUCCCCUCCGGCAUGGCCGCCAUCUACCGGCUGCAGAGCUAUCUGAGCGCCGCGAAUAACAACGAGUACAAAUCCGUCGCCUUUGGCUGUCUGUAUCACUCGACGCUCGACAUCCUCGAGGAGUUCGGCGGGUACGAGCUGUUCGGCCGGGGCGACGAGUCCGACCUCGCGCGACUGGAGAAGUUCCUCGAGGAAGAAGAAUCGCGGAAUGAGCGUAAAGUCCAGGCCCUCUACGUCGAGUUCCCGUCCAACCCGGUCCUGGUCUGCAGUCCGCUCGCGCGGCUGCGUGCGCUCGCGGACAAAUACGAGUUCGUGCUCGUCGUCGACGACACGGUCGGCAGCUUCUGCAAUGUCGAUCUGCUGUCUGUCGCGGAUGUGGUCGUCUCCUCGCUGACGAAGAGUUUCUCGGGCUACGCCGACGUUAUGGCCGGCAGUCUCGUCCUGAAUCCGCUGGGCCCGGCGUAUCGCAAACUGCGCCCGCUGCUCCGCAACAGCUUCCACAACGAGCUCUUCGUCGAAGACGCCCUCGUCCUCGAGCGGAAUAGCAGGGACUACCUUGCGCGAUCGGCGAUCUUGAACCGCAACGCUGAAGCUGUCGUCACCUUCCUACAGAGCAAGGCUGAGAAUGACACCAGCGCCGUGUCCAAGGUGCUCUACCCGACCGUCUCCCCGACGGCGCGAGACAACUACACGCCCUUCAUGCGCGCUGCAACCCCGGAGUUUACGCCCGGAUAUGGCUGUCUUUUCAGCGUAGAGUUCGAGCAGCAGGAAGAUAUGAUUGCGUUCUAUGAGGCGCUGCAGGUGCAUAUGGGUCCGCACCUGGGCGCGCACUUGACGCUGGCGUUGCCUUACAAUGAGGUCAUGUUUGGCCGGACGGGAAGCGACGAGAAAAAGGCCCGCGCGGAGUCGUUUGGCUGGUCGAUGCUCCAGAUCCGUGUGUCGGUGGGACUGGAGGAUGUUGACCAGCUGGUGGAGACGUUUGCGGAGGCUGUUAGGGUGGCGGAUGAGGUGAAAAGUCGAAGAACGGACGUUGUAGAUGGACUAGAUAAGAUCAGAAUAGAGUAG